CAGAGGUACUGCAGAGAAAACUACACAGACCUGGUUACCAUUGACCCAGAUGUCAGGACCAUCCUCAACAGAAUGGCUGAUCAGAGAAACAUCCGCUCUUCAACACCUUUCUGGAAUGGUUUGUACUUCACUGAGGUCAGCUGGAACUGGUCAUUGGUAGAUAAAGAUUUUUACCAAUAUGAUGAGUCAAACUUCAUGAACUGGGACUCUGGACAGCCAAGCACCAACAAGGUGAUGCCAGGAUGUGUUGUGAUGACCAGUUCUGGAAUGUGGCGCCUGCACCAUUGUGGCAAUCCCUAUAAACCGGUCUGCUCCAAUGUGACGGGACAGCAUGUUUCAUUCGUCUUUAUCGACAUUUCAAUGAACUGGAAGGCGGCUCAGAGUUACUGCAGAGAGCACCUUACAGACCUGGCCAUUCCCAGAAACCUGUCCGAGAACGAGAAGAUAAGGGCACUGAUCCCUGCAGGUGUAUCCGGCUGGAUUGGCCUUUACAGAGUUACCUGGAAGUGGUCAGACGGAGCCAUGUUUAUUUGGAGUCCUUGGCUACCAGGCGAACCUGAUGAAGUGGGGGAGAAAUGCACAGCUACAGUAUUUAAUUAUCGUCAUUAUUACUCUUCACAACAUUACUAUUCCUCUACCAUUUACGAUGGUUACUGGGGAGCCUGGCCAUGUGAUUCAAGGAAACCGUUCAUCUGCCAUCAUGACCCUGUGCCUUCCACAAAGCAAGUGGUGAAAGUGAAGCUGGUGGGAAACUCAACUCUGGAUCUGAAUGACCCUGCUGUCCUGGAAAACCUGCUGAAGGAGCUCAAACAGAAGAUGAAGGGGAAGGGCGUGGAUACAGAAAUCAAACUGAGCUGGAAGAAACAACAGGAUGGAAACGUCUUCUACAAGGAGAAAAAGGAGGAGGACCAAAAGUGACUCAAAGACAUGUUGAUGAGAAGCUUUUUUAGUUAAUGUGAAAUUCUUUGAAGUUAUGUAAAAGCACUCUAAAUGUAAUAUUAAAGAAACAAAAUAUUUUUUAGGUUUAAGGUUAAAAAACUUUUUUUUAUUGCAGCUUUAGUCACGCUUAGAGUUACAUCAACACACCAACAUUUUUUCUGUUGCUACUCAAAAGCUAC